GCGCGCCCUCUUUUGGUUUUUCGUUUUCGUUUCCCGCCCCUGAAGAAGCCAAGGGGAAAGAAAAUUGAUACACGGAGCGAGUCUCCGGGAGGCGGCUCCGUCCGUUGGCUUCUUUCCUGCUCUUGCCGCCGGGGACAACACAUGGCGGCGGCGGCGGCGGCGGCAGAACCCCAGCUGGAGCACGAGCUGCAGCAAGAGCUCUCCGGCAUCAUGAUCCAGGGCUACAUCAGCAACCUACACCGCCAGUUCGAGACGAAGCUCUGCGACAACCGAAACCACAUCAUCACGCUGAGCAAGAACUGGAAGGACAACGUUUCCGAGAUCGCCACGCUGCGAGACGAACUCACCAACAUUGUGGCAGCAGCUUCGGACCCCAGCGUGAAAGAUGACGGCGAGCCUCCUGUCGUGGCACAGACGAACGAGGCCGUGCACUACAUCCCGGACUUCUCGCUCCUGAAGCACAUGGGCGGCGAUGAGAUCAACGGUUUUCUCAAGUCGGAGUGGCUGAAGCUGCGAAGGGAGCAUGAGUCCGAAAUGCAGAAGAAGACCGAGGAGCUGUUCAGGCUCAAGAGGGCGAAAGAUGGAGCUGCCCUGCCUCUAAGGAAAGAGAGGGAGCUUGAGUCCAUUAAAUCCAAGUUGCUUCAGACUAUCUCGAAAAUGGAUGGCAUUGUAUCCAGGAAAGAGGGACUUAAUAAUUGUUUUGAUUACGAUGAGGAUGGUGAGCUGUGCAGACUAAAGGACAGAAUUGCUUCUCUGCUGGAUGAGAAUGAGCGUCUCCGAGGUUUGCUGGCAGAUAAAAGAAAGGAUGCUAAGGAGCUCUGUUUACAAGUAGCGGGACACUCGCUGUCCGAGUCGAAACUUUCGAAUCAAAUUCAGAAGCUCUGCGGUGAGCUUGACGAUCUAAAGAUCGAGAGCCACUUGAAAGAUCUACUGGAACUGUCCGUGUUAAGAGAAGUAUUUGGUAAUUAUGAAAAACAGAUUGACGAUGGGAACCAGGAGGAGUGCUUGCUCCAAGAGCUGAUCAUGGAAAAAGAAGAGCUGCUACGCGCCAUGUCUAGAGACAGGCAAAAGCUCAAGUAUGAGAACGACCAGCUUGUGUCUAUAGUAGGAUCAACGCUGGUUCAGCACCACGAGGAAUUCGACUUGGUCAACGACGAGCUUAUGAUGUACAGGGAGAAAGUUUGCGAACAGGAGCUACUUAUCUUGGAGUUCAGAAGCGAGUCGAGUUCAAUGAAGAGCUGUUUGUGUGAGGCUCUGCAGCAGAUCAAUGUCUGCAAGGAAGAGAUAUGUGGGCUGACUGAGAGCUUGAAUUCCAUGUCUGUUGCUUUGGAGGAAGCAAAAGAACAGAAUGCCUCACUUGAUGCUACUAUCCGGGAAAUGAAGAGAACAUCGGCGUCGUGCGUCGACGGUCAUGAAGGACACCUAGAAUUUGACCUUCUUAGCAUGGAGAAGUUGUCUAAAGCGUACAGUGAUUUUGAAAGCAGAAUAGCACAAAGUAUGAAGCAAAGUGAAAUUAGGUUGACUAGUAUAAUGUGUCAGUUCAACCCACUGGUGCAGCAAGUUUCUGUAUUAAAGAAGAAGGAAUUCUGGUAUAAACAAAUACUUGAGAUUAAAUGCUCGAAUCUCAGGAAAGCAGAAGCAGAGGUUGAUAUACUUGGCGAUGAGGUCGACACCCUUUUAAGUGUUCUUGGUAAAAUCUAUAUAGCACUUGACCAUUAUUCUCCUGUUCUGAAGCACUAUCCUGGGGUAAGAGAGUUACUCCAUAAAUUUCCAUGA